GAAUAAUGCUCGAGGGUAUCCCUAACUACGCCGGCUUCCCCAAGCCCCAACGCUCCCUUGUUCUCACGGUAACUUCUCCCCACUCAAAGCGCCUCUUUUGUGUCCUCGACCGGCUUUGCAGAUGGGUUUCUGCUUGACUGUGUUCUUUGAUAGGCGGCGGGCAAGCACCAAUCAAGCGCUAGGAGUCAUCCGACUGCUGUAUUAUAUAGUCCCAGGUGCUCGCUGACAUAGGCAGUGGAGAGGAGAGAGAGAGCCUGCCUUGACUCGACUCGCUGUCAUCCUCCCAGCUGCAAGACUAACUCGCGUGUUGUUGCAGCCGGGAGGGGGGAGGGAGGGAGAAGAAGGGGGGGGUGAGGGUGGGAAGAUCGUUUCUACAGGCAGCGAUCGUGUCGUGCGUGAAUUUGAAGCUUCCAACUGAACGCCGAUGGGAGGAAAUUGUGCUGAAAUCCCGAGAACCGGGAGAGGACUGUGGAACUGCUUGCAAUUAACUCAAUGAGUCUUUCACUGUGACUGCUUCACACAAGCCCCUACCGAGUGCCCCCUCCAUUCACCGUGCGAGCAGUUUUCACUCCGUGUAUGACCUGCAGUUGGAUGCAACACUUCACCUGACUUGGAUACUGCUGAUGCCGAGACAGACUUUACAUUGGUGAAAUCUUUCAUGCACGUGCAACUAAUGAUCAUCGUGAUAAUUUCCGGCUCAUUUGACGGCCAGCACUAAAUCCCACAGAAUCCACACCUCUGUUGUGCUCAUCACCUUCGACGCCUGAUGAUUUCAGUUGCUCAAGAGUUGAAGUCCCUUGAUAAUAUAUAAGUUUACUCAGAAAACAUUGGUUUUUAUAAAAAUGGCAAAAGGGAGGAUUUGUUCACCCUUUCGUCAUGUGGCGAUGGUUUUUAUGACCCUUUGGCUCGCCGAAGCAGCACAGCAGCGCAGCGAGUGCCCUCAGCUGUGUGUUUGUGAAAUCCGCCCAUGGUUCACACCACAGUCAACGUACAGGGAAGCCGCCACUGUGGACUGCAAUGAUCUGCGGCUGACCAGGAUCCCGAGCAACCUCUCUGCGGACACCCAGGUGCUCUUGCUACAGAGCAACAACAUCGGCAAGACCACCAACGAGUUUGAGCAGAUGUUAAACCUCACCGAGCUCGAUCUCUCGCAGAAUAACUUUACCAUUAUUCAAGACGUGGGCUUGAUCAACCUGACUCAGCUCACCACUCUCCACCUGGAAGAGAACCAGAUUGCAGACCUGCCUGAUUAUUGUUUGCAGGAUCUCGCCAGCCUCCAGGAGCUCUACAUCAAUCACAACCAGAUCAGCAGCAUCUCGGCCAAAGCCUUCUCUGGUCUGAGGAACUUGUUGAGACUUCACCUGAACUCCAACAAACUGCGUGUCAUUGACAGCCGUUGGUUUGAGUUUACGCCGAACUUGGAGAUCCUCAUGAUUGGGGAGAACCCAGUCAUCGGGAUCCUGGAUAUGAACUUCAAGCCUCUGUGCAAUCUGCGGAGUUUGGUUUUAGCCGGCAUGGAGCUGACGGAAAUCCCCGGCAAUGCCCUAGUGGGCUUGGACAGUCUGGAGAGUCUCUCUUUCUAUGAUAACAAGCUGGGCCGGGUGCCUCAGCUUGCACUUCAGAAGGUGCCGGCUUUGAAAUUCCUGGACUUGAACAAAAACCCUGUUCACAAAAUUCAAGAAGGCGAUUUCAGAAACAUGCUUCGCCUGAAGGAACUUGGUAUCAACAAUAUGAUUGAGCUGGUUUCCAUAGACAGGUAUGCCUUGGAUAAUCUCCCUGAACUUACAAAACUGGAAGCCACAAAUAACCCUAAACUGUCUUACAUUCAUCGCUAUGCAUUUCGGGAAGUUCCUUCCCUUGAAAGCCUUAUGCUCAAUAAUAAUGCAUUGAAUGCGCUUUAUCAAAAGACUGUGGACAACCUUCCAAAUCUGCGUGAAGUCAGCAUUCACAGUAACCCCAUCAGGUGCGACUGUGUUAUUCAGUGGAUGAGUUCGAACAAGACGACCAUUCGCUUCAUGGAGCCUCAGUCUAUGUUUUGUGCGAUGCCUCCAGAGUACAGAGGGCAACAAGUCAAGGAGGUCCUCCAGCAGGAGACUGCUGAACAGUGUCUACCCAUGAUUGCACAUGAGACCUUUCCAAAUCACCUGAACGUGGACGUAGAUAUGACUGUGUCCUUGGAUUGCCGCGCCAUGGCAGAGCCCGAACCUGAGAUUUAUUGGGUCACGCCACUUGGCAGUAAGAUCACUGUGGACACCCUCUCAGAUAAAUAUAAGCUGAGCACCGAGGGGACCCUUGAAGUUUCUCACAUUCACAUCGAGGAUUCUGGCCGAUACACUUGCGUGGCCCAGAACUCUGAGGGAGCGGAUACAAAGGUUGCAACCAUUCGAGUCAACGGAACCUUAUUGGAUGGAACUCAGGUGCUGAAAAUCUACGUGAAGCAAGCAGAAUCGCAUUCCAUCUUGGUUUCGUGGAGAGUGAACUCCAAUGUCAUGACCUCGAACUUAAAAUGGUCGUCAGCCACCAUGAAGAUCGACAACCCCCACAUCACAUACACUGCAAGGGUUCCAGUCGAUGUCCACGAAUAUAACCUGACCCAUCUCCAGCCAUCUACAGAGUAUGAGGUUUGUCUAACCGUGGCCAAUAUCCACCAACAGGCUCAGAAAUCGUGCGUCAAUGUCACCACAAAAGGGGUGGCAUUCUCGCUGGACAUUUCUGACCAAGGAACAAGCACUGCCCUCGCCGCCGUGAUGGGCUCAAUGUUUGCCAUCAUUAGCAUCGCUUCAAUCGCUGUUUACACCGCCAAGCGCCUCAAGCGGAAGAACUACCACCAUUCGCUGAAGAAGUACAUGCAGAAGACCUCCUCCAUUCCGUUGAACGAGCUCUACCCGCCGCUUAUAAAUCUAUGGGAAGGGGAAAGCGAGAAGGACAAAGAUAACUCAUCUGACGUGAAGCCCACGCCCGUCGACACAUCGAGAAGCUAUUAUGUGUGGUAAAGGGAGGACAUUUUUGCUUCUAGUUAAAGGGAGCACAAGACUUUUUUUGCUUUUAUCUGCAAAAGUGAAAGUUCAGAACCUUUUUUGUAUUUUGACUUUGCUAACUUGUGGCAGAGCUGUGAGGACAGGUGGAUAUUUCAGACUUUUAGUAUAGCGUAUCGCCUUUGUUUGACUUUUUUUUUUAAAGAAGGCAGCUCCAUUUAUCUUGCUAAAUGCCUCAGUUACUGUGCUUGAAUGUUCCUUUCUCUCCCCAUUGCAGAACUCCCCAAAAAUAAAUUGGUGGUAGGCCAGGUACAUGCUUUUAAAAGAACGACAAGCUUUGGAGGGGGCACUCAUUCACUAAAAGCUGUUUACCUUAAUUAUCAGUUACUGAUGCAUUUCCAUGUUAUAGUUUUUUUUUAGAAUCUUGAAGCUGACACAUGGAAUUAGAUCCUCAUCAUUCUUCUAUUGAAUGCUGUUAGCUAACUAAAUUGUAUUGUUGUAUCAACUAUAAUUUGCUCUUUUCUUGAAGUUGAAAGCCCAAACACCUGUAAAUUUUAUUUGCCACCUUUUUGCGUGAAUUACUUUUACAACUUAGAAAAAAUGUGUGGUUAAUAUUUAAUAAAACAGUAAUAGAAUAAAGUGCUUUAAAAAUGCUACAUAAAAAAGGUACAUUUAGGUGAUUUUACUAAGGGACUUUUAGCUGCCAGGGUUUUCUGAAUGUCUCUAACUGCAUUUAGUAUCUAUAGUUUAACAUAAUGAAUUUUAUUGUGAGAAGUAGAUUGUAAAAUGAGGACAAAACUACAUUAAAUCAGUUUUGAUCUUGAUUUUUAUAGAGCUUUGAGUCUCUGAUUAAAGUGUUCUUCUUUGAGGUUGUUCCCAUUGCCUCUGCAGAUUUCCUACACAGUGUGACAUUUGACAAAUUGAGGUCCUGUCGCUAAUUCCCCCUUGAUCGCAGAGAAAUAAUUAAGCUCAUCAUUGAAAGUGGGUCUGACACCUGGCAACUUCAAUGAAUCAGUUCAUAUAAGAAGGUUAUUGUGGAAUUGGGGCCAGUACUGAUGAAGUAUAAUUUUUCAUGGUAGGAACUAAGGUUAAGUAAUCCUUAAUCUCCUCUUAAAUGAGUAUUAAAAGGGGGGAAAAGGUAGCUCUGAAUAUUUAUAGAACUCCCCUUGAAUGAAACCUGAGAGGUUGACCAAUGCUUGAACUCAACAUGCUUUGGUGCUGCUUUUUAGCCCUUAAGAUAAUUAAGUAAUGUUUCUUAGUAGAAAAGAACAAACCUUUCUAGGGGUUUCAUUUAGUUGGCCAUUUUGCUUCUACAUGCCUUCCUGCUGCCAGAAUUGAAGUGUAAACGGAAGCUUUUGAGCCCUAACUGAAUGCAAUAAGCAAUGUCUAUGAUUUUGACCGCGGCAAUAAUCUUAAAACGCUCAGGAAUUUUUGACAGUCCCAACAAGGUUCUGCAGGUUUAUUAUCAUUAACAAGUGUUCCCAGUUUUGGCAAUUAACGGGUUCCUCCCUCACCACAAAUUAAUAAGAUAAAGAUACAGAAGAAAGGACAUUUUGCCACAUGACCCUUUUUUUAUUAAGAGGCAGUUGAAUGAUCACUAGUAAUGGUCCUUGAAAAUGGUGUAAAUUGCUCACUCUAAGAUUCCUUCCAGUCUAGUUUCAGUCAAAAAUCACUGAGUCAAGCACUUGUGCAUCUAAACUUUAUUUUGACAAAACACAAUUACAAUUACAACUACUGUACCUAACCACCGCGGGUUCGAUCCUCGUGUCUGCCUGAUCAAGCCCUCUUGGCCUUGCUCAAACAGAGACACUCCAGGAGGUCACGCAGUCCCAAACGUUCUCCCAGAAGAUCGACACAGGACCUCGUGGGAGCGGACUUUUAUCGGUCCCCAAACUUCAAGGGGCCGAACCACAUGGGGGUGGUCUCUUUACAAUCCAAUAACAGAUAUCAAUUAACUCCGUACAUGACAGGCAUUUCCCUAACCAAAUAAUACAGUGGCUAAUACAUUGUAUUCAAACAGUGUUUCUAGGAGAAAACAAACAUCGCAACAUGUGCCUGAUAUGCAAGAAAACCAGGCAAGGCUCAAUACUUCAUCCAAUCAACAUCCAGCAAAGUAAAGCUUUGCAACAUUAUUUACAAUGGUUUGCAUUCGUCCAAUCCAUUCUACACAUUUUGCACCUAAUUGUCAGGGUCUGCAGAUGUUCCCAUUCUCUUCCUGCAGCUCUGAUCUAGGCUCUAGACAAACUGGCACCAUUCAGCAGCUUGUCCCAUUUCUACAGAAGGCACUUUUAAAUUGACCAAAUGGCCUAGCAGCCCAGAAGCCUUUACUCAAUUUUAGUGUCCUAGCCUCUCCAAUUUGGCUAGGAUUAAAAAUGGCUGGAGAAGGUUUAUCUUAAGUUGAGUCUAAAGUUUGCGUAACUCUACUUUUCUUUGAGAUAAUAUCUUUCCUGUAUCUCCAUUGAAUUUGUAUCAAAAGCAUGAUCUGAUGAUGUGGUCCAUUUGUUUGCUCCAGUUCAUGGCACUCACGGACAGAGGAGGUUCAAUUCUGUCUUAAAAGCCACGUCCUUCACCUUCUCUGUGUUUUGUUCAGAACUGCCUUUGUCCUUUUAAGGCUCCCCACAUUUUGCUUGCUCUUGGGUCUUCAAUGCAUUCCUUAUUUUCUAUCCAGGCUUUAUUCCAGUUGUCAGCAUUAUUGGAAUAGAUGAGUUGGUAGGAAGUCAAAGAAUUCCUUGAAAUCAUGCUCUGGGAUGGGGCUAUAGUAAUGAAGCGAUGGCUCAACUAAGCCAUCGAAUCACUCCCUGCAAAUAAAUGAUGCCUUAGAGAUGAAAUUUGUAGCAAUAUUUUAGUGCUGUCCUUCAAGGCUUAUUACAAACAUUUGUUUCAACAAAAGUACAGUAGCAUCAUGGUUAGGAUACUUGACUGGCAUCCAGAGGCCUGGGCCAUUUGAUCAUGUGGCACAAGUUCAAAGCCUCUUUCCAAUAGCUGGAGAACUUGAAUUUGAGCGAUUUAAAUCUGGAAUGCUAGCAUCAGUAAUGGUAUCUACAGAAUUGUGAUUUAAAAAAACGCAUGUACACUAAUGUAUACACAUGUGUCAGAGAAGCAAAAAUAUCAUCCUUGCCCAAUUUUGCCAAAAUGUGACUCCAGUCCCUCAAACAUGGUUGACCUUUAACUGUUUCCUUAGUUAAAAGGCAAUGGAUAGAUGAUAAAUGAUGGUAUUGUCCAUUAAGCAGCAAAGGAAGUCAUCUUAUCGCCGAUUAAGGACCCCAGCAUUAUUGCCAUAAUAUACUAUUUUAAAAGGCACAAUUUUCAUAUAGAGUAUUUACAGAAGGGUUAAAGAAUUGCUAGAUCUGUGAAAUGGUUUGAAAUUAGAUAUUGUUAAUUGUGAUUGGUGCAGCAGAACUGUCAUGGAUGUGUUAAUAUUUUUGAUUUAAUAAACAUUUGCUUUUUACAAUA